AGCAGACGACUUACUUAUGUUAUUGGCAAUGCAUGUGCUUCAUCCAUUUAAGAUACAAAUAUAGUGUAACAGUUUGUCACGUGUAUGUAAUAAUUUUUAGUUGGAAAAUGGGAAAAAUUAACGUUUCUCUAUUACGUUACCUAAACACAGAAGAUUAUCGUGUCUUGACUGCCGUUGAAAUGGGCAUGAAAAAUCACGAACUUGUCAACAUGAAGCUGAUUGCCACAAUUGCCCAGCUUGCAGGAGGUGGAGCCCACAAAAUUCUGAUGCGAUUGUCGAAAGAACGUUUGGUUGCAUAUGAAAGAGGAAAACAUUAUGAUGGUUAUCGUUUAACAAAUUUGGGAUAUGAUUUUUUGGCUCUCAAAACAUUUGUGAAGAAGAAUGUUCUGCACUCUUUUGGUAAUCAGAUUGGUGUGGGAAAAGAAGCUGAUGUUUAUGUUGUGGGUAAUGAAGAACAAAAACAGCUGUGUCUAAAAAUUCAUAGACUAGGGAGAACUUCAUUCCGUAAGAUCAAAGAAAAAAGGGACUAUCACCAGCAUCGCAACAACGCCUCCUGGAUUUAUCUUUCUCGGCUUUCUGCCACCCGCGAAUUUGCUUACAUGAAAGCCCUUUAUGAACGUGAAUUCCCUGUUCCCCAACCCAUUGACUUUAAUCGUCAUUGUGUCCUUAUGGAGUUAGUGAACGGCUACCCACUGUGCCAACUGAGAGAGCUUAAAGACCCAGGUGCUCUAUUUGAAGAAUUGAUGAACUUGUUGUUAAAAUUAGCCAAUCACGGUGUGAUCCACAGUGAUUUCAACGAGUUCAACAUCAUGAUUGACGACAACGAGAAGCCUAUUCUAAUUGACUUUCCUCAAAUGGUAUCCACGAGCCACGCCGAUGCAGAACAAUUUUUCGACCGCGAUGUAAAAUGCCUGAAAGAUUUUUUCAAGCGGCGUUUCAAUUUUGAGGGCGAAGCCUAUCCAGUCUUUACGGACGUUGUGCGUGAGGCCAACAUUGAUGUGGAAGUUGCGGCCAGCGGUUAUGUCAAAGAACUUGAAGAUGAAUUGGAUGGAGAUUAUGACGAAGAAUCCGACGGGGACGUGGAUGUUGAAAAAGAUCGCGAGAACUUCAACGACGAGAAAAUCUCACAAGAAAUUGCAGAAGAAGUUGAAAAUGUGAAAGAACCUAUGCAGUUGACCUCGGAACAGUUAUUAUGUGGAAAGGAUAGAAUUGAUGAGCCCCACGACGAUCUUAUACCAGCAGUACAUGAAGUUCAAGAGCCACUUGAUCGGGAUUAUGUCCCUAUAGCAAGGAGCGAAGAGCUAAUAGAAGACGCAGAAGACGUGGAGCAGCUUUCAGAAAUGUUAACAGACUGGUCCGGAAUAAAAACGAAGAACCGCGGAACAGGGAGCACAGCAUCCAUGUCCACCAUCCACCCGGAUGUCAUUAAACAAAGAGUGAAAAGUACCAUAACAAAGCGGCAGAAUAUGCAGGCAGUGCAAAGGAUACGUGCUAAAGGAGAAGCAAGCGCUGCCACGCGAAAGAAGCGAGAAAAUAAAGAAUUAAUUCGGGCUGACGGCAUCUGGGGGUGGGACAAUUAAAACUGCGACUUUUAAUAUACAAAGGGUUGUUAACAGAACCAAA